UAUUUGUUGUCAAUGGGGUUCUAUUAUUUUUUAUACUCUCUUGUUUACAACUAAUGCGUAACGUUCAAUUACUCGAAGAACAACAAAUUAAUUGAACUAAAUACAUUUUAAAGUAUUUACUAUAUAUAUCAGAAGGGAUCAAAAUUCACGUAUUAAGAAGAUUUGAUACAAACUAAUUAUUUGUUUGUCAUUUAAACGGUCCACGAACGUUCAAUACAUUUACAAUGGCGUCCACUGCGACUGCUUUCAACCAAAAUCGCCGAAUGCCACCUACAUUACAAAUUCAAAAGAUACUUGAUGAAAAUGCACAACUAAUUCAAACUAUUCAAGAUUUCCAAAGUAAAGGAAAAGCACAAGAAUGUGUACAGUUUCAGCAAAUUUUACAUCGUAAUUUAGUAUACUUGGCUUCUGUAGCAGAUUCAAAUCAAAAUAUUCAGUCUUUGUUACCUCCUCCAAAUGUAAAUCAACAACAAAAUAUGCAAGUUCAAGGACAACCGCACAUGCAACAACAACAUCAUCAACAGCAACAACAGUUACAGCAUCAACAACAACAACAGCAGCAGCAACAACAACAACAACAACAACAACAACAACAACAGCAACCUCAAUCAUCAAUGAUGAGUGGGCAAGAUAGCCAAAACUCUCAAGUAAUGCAACAGCCACCUCAACCUGGUCCACCUCAGCCAACUAUGAAUCAAGUGUUUGCUCAAGGACAAGGUGGACCGCCUAGUGGUUAUCGACCACAACAACCUAUUGCCCCUAUGAGGCCUCCUACACCUACUCAACAAUAUAGACCAACACCUCAGUAUCAAGGACAACAAGGAUAUCAAAAUUUUGCAUCUACUCAAGGAAAUACAAUUGGUUCUAGUCAAACAGGUGGACCUGGAGUUGCUAAUGUAUACAGCCAAGCACCUCCUAACCAGCCUUAUCCUGGGCAAGGAUAUGGUCACCAGCAACCAGUACCUAGUUCUAAUUAUCCUAAUCAAAAUUAUGGAAGUGGUCCACCCACUCAACAAUAUCAGCAAAAUGCUCCUUAUGUAAAUCAGCAACCUGGAAAUUAUCCUCAAAAUGCUGUUGCUCCUCAACCACAAAAUUUUCCACCCAACUACCCACCAGCUGGUUAUAGUCAACAGCCUGUUAGUUCUAGUAGUGGAUAUGGGUCUGUAUCUAAUCAACCAUCAUCAUAUUCUGGUUAUGGAAAUGCACCUCAAAAUACAUAUGCACCUUCACAAACUACACAAUCUGCUCCAUCAGCCUCAACACAAACUUAUCCACCUCCUAAUCAAGCAGUACCUAAUACAGUAACUGGACAGCAGCCUGCUCCAACUCCCCAACCAAAUUAUCCUCCUCCACAACAACAAAAUGCUCAGCCAUAUCCAGCACCAAAUAGCGGUCCCAAUCAACAACCUGUACCUCCUCAGAAUUAUCCACCUCAGCAGGGAUACAAUCAACCUCCUCCGCAAGGAUAUCCACAAGGUUAUCCAGCACCUGGUCAACCUGGUGGGUAUCAACAAUAUCCUCAAAGACCUUUAGCUCCCCCAUCAAAUCAACCUCAGUAUCCUGGUUAUUCAUAUCAGCCAUCACCUGUUUAACUUUAAUAUUUGUAGCCAAUAUAAAAUUACAAUUAUUUUUCUUAAUAUUUAACUUAUUGUGUAGAAUUAUCUAUACUGUAAUUUGCAAUGAGUUAAAAUUAUUAUUUUAUAGUAUUUUUAGAUGUAUAUAACAAUUAUUCAUUUAGGAACUUAAUUUAUUUACACUUAAGUAUUAAAACAUUUUAAUGCUGUUUAAUUUGUGAUGGUAUCUAAUAGCUUUUAAUUUUCUACAAAUGAAAUUGAACAUAGCAAUGAUAUUUUAUUAAUUAUGUUAAGUUAUUCAUUAAGAUUUUACAUUAUUUAAGCUGAUUGUUUUUGAACUACCUGUAUUGUUGUAACUAUCCAUAAAAAUCUAAAAUUUAUCUUGUUUUAUAUAUUUAUAAUAUUCUUUACUUAUUGUAAAAAAUUUUUUUCUCAUUAAAAUUAUUAAUGUAAAUUUAUUGUAUGUUUUGAAUAAAAUGGUCAUGAUUUUUAA